AUGGCAGCCAUUCUUCUGAGAACAAAGCCCAAGGUAAGUAUAUCUUUUGACGAUGUGUCUGUGUACUUUACAAAGACAGAAUGGAAGCUUCUUGAUCUCAAACAGAAGAAUCUCUACAAGCAGGUCAUGCUGGAGAACUAUAGCCAUUUGGUGUCCGUGGGAUUCGCUGUCUCAAAGCCUAACCUUGUGUCCCAGCUGGAGCGAGGGGAGAAGCCCUGGAUUACAGAUGGUGGAAUAGGGGCUACAACAGGAUCCUGUGCUGGGAAUGGGAUAAAGAACAAGACACUGACUUCAAAACCAAAACUUUUCGGAAGAGGUCUCCUUAGAGACACCUCGGGAUCGUCAGUGCAGAGACGUCCUCAUGACUUCAGGCCAAAUCCCAUUGUUAGGUACCAGCACUCCAGAAUCGCAGAUAAGCGCUAUCUGUGUCAGCAGUGCGGAAAAUCCUUCAGCCGCAGCUCCAAUCUCAUCAAGCACCGGAUCAUCCACAGUGGCGAGAAACCCUACAAGUGCAGCGAGUGCGGGAAGCUGUUCCGGCGCAGAUUGGCGCUGCUGGAGCAUCAGCACAUCCACAGCGGCAACAAACCCUUUGAGUGUGAGGAGUGUGGUAAAACCUUCACCCGCAGCUCCAACCUUGUCAAGCACCAGAUCAUCCACAGCAGCGAAAUGCCCUUCAUGUGCCGAGUGUGUGGCAAGGUGUUCCGGAGGAGCUUCGCGCUUCUUGAGCAUGCCCGCAUCCACAGCGGCGAGCGGCCUUAUGAGUGUGGUGAGUGUGGCAAGGCAUUCAGUCGCAGCUCCAACCUCAUUGAGCACCAGCGUACCCACAGCGGACGGAAGCCCUACAUCUGUCAGGAGUGCGGCAAGCCCUUCAAGGGCAUUUCGCAGCUCAUCCACCACCAGCGCAGUCACCGAGGUGACAGGCCAGUAGCGUGCCGUGAGUGUGGUAAAGCCUUCCGUGGCCACUCCGGCCUUAGCCAACACCAGCUAGUGCACAGUGGCCAGAAGCCCUAUGAGUGCAGCGAAUGUGGCCGGGCCUUUGGUCGCCGGGCCAACCUCUUCAAGCACCAGGUGGUGCAUGGUAGUGUGAGGCUCCAGCGCCAUGGCCUUGGGAAGGGGCUCCAGCAUGGCUGCAUGCUCCUGGCCCAGGAAGCCGGGGAAGGCAGCUCCUCAGAGCCCCAGCCCGUCGACACCAGUGAGAAGCCCCAAGUGUGUGAGCGCUGCGACCAGGUCUUCGAGAACAAGUUGCUGCUGUGUCGCCAUUUGCGCAUCCAUGAUGACGAAGAUGACAAGAAACAGAAGCUGAUUACUGCCAGCACCUCAGGUUUGGAGGAAAAGUCACUGCUCAGCCAGGAUCUGCAAUGCCAGCCAGCAGAAGAAAGCGACAGCAAAAACAAUGUAAGUUUCCUGUGCGCUGAGAAGGCCCAGGGCCCAUCCUCACCUUGA